AUGGAAGAUGCAUGUGUGGCUAACUGCAGGGCUAACUUGAGUCGAAAGAUCACAAAAUGGUCUUUGCUACAAAAUGGCCUAGAGACGGACAACAAACAAAGGGAUUUGAAUGAGGAAACCAAAACAAAUUCAACAAUCCCUCCUCUUGUUUACGCAUGCGCAACUAUGUGGCAUGAGACCCGCUUUGAAAUGGUUCAACUACUAAAGUCUUUGUUCAGAUUAGAUGAAGAUCAGUUUAACAGAGCAGAAACAUACAAAUUUGCAAAGGAGGAAAAAGAAAAAGGAACAAACGAAACCAACCUACAUGUACCUGAAGACUACUAUGAAUUUGAAGCUCACAUUAUGUUUGAUGACGCAUUCAAUGACGAAGGUCGUGUGAACGACUUUGUGAAAACAUUUGCAUCCGUAAUCAAUGAAUCAGCAAGCGCUGUUCACGGAGAGGCGAUUGAACUUGAAAAACCCUUCCUUUUUAACACGAUAUAUGGAGGUCAAGUGAUAUAUAGGCUGCCUGGUGGAAAUUUAAUGUUCAUUCAUUUGAAAGAUAAAUCAAAAAUACGCCACAAGAAAAGAUGGUCACAGGUGAUGUACAUGUACUACCUGCUUGGCUAUCGCUUAACAACUGAGAUAUCUCACAAAAUCCUCAAAGAAGCUGAAGAAAACAGCACAGGAGUAGAAGUAUCAGAGAGUCUGGAUGAUUUUGACAUUAAACUAAAAACAAAGGCUGAAAACACAUUUCUCCUUGCUUUGGAUGGGGAUGUGGACUUUACACCAGGUUCGGUGAGACUUUUGAUUGACAGAAUGAGGAAAGAUGAGAGGGUUGGAGCCGCAUGUGGACGCAUUCAUCCAAUUGGCAGUGGUCCAAUCGUGUGGUAUCAGAAAUUUGAAUAUGCUGUGGCCCACUGGCUCCAGAAAGCAACCGAGCACGUCCUAGGCUGCGUUCUUUGUUCCCCCGGAUGCUUUAGUCUAUUUAGAGGUUCAGCAUUGAUGGACAAUAAUGUAAUGAAAAAGUAUACGUUACUGCCGUCUGAAGCAUCACACCACCUUAUGUAUGAUCAAGGCGAAGACAGAUGGCUUUGCACACUUCUUCUUCAACAAGGGUAUAGAGUAGAUUAUUCUGCCGGAGCUGAUGCUUUUACGUAUGCGCCUGAGGGCUUCAACGAGUACUUCAAUCAAAGGAAGAGAUGGGGUCCUUCAACGCUGGCCAACAUCAUGUCUUUAUUACAAGACAGCAAAAAUACAGUGAAAACUAAUUCGAACAUUAGCUGGCUGUACAUCUUUUAUCAAGCAUCUUUGAUGGUUGCCACUUUAAUUGGACCUGCUACAAUUUUGAUGAUGAUUGCCGGUGCCUUUGUUGCAGUCUUUGGUACUGAUCUGGUCAUGUCAUAUAUUGCUUCCCUCAUUCCGGCAAUUCUUUAUUUUAUAAUCUGUGUCACGUGCAGCAAGAAGAUCCAAUUAAUUGUUGCUCAGAUACUGAGUGGACUCUAUGUUAUUAUAAUGAUGGUUGUACUUGUUGGCGUCAUCAUAACCGCUGUCACAGAGUCUCCGUUUCACCCCAGCGUUGUAUUCCUCAUUGGAAUAGUGGCGAUCUUUGUAUUUGCUGCACUGUGUCAUCCGAGAGAAUGGAGCAAUCUUAUUUUUGGUUUCCUUUACUUCAUUCUGGUGCCAUCUGGUUUUCUGAUUUUGAUUAUAUACUCAUUAUGUAAUUUAAAUGACGUGUCAUGGGGUACACGUGAAAGUGGAACAUCGGAAGCCAAAGUAAAGCAGAAAAAAGGUGUUCUUUCCAAAAUACUAUACCCAUAUCACAAACUAAAAAAAUCUCUUUCAAUUUCACGGAACUCUGAAAAGGACGCCUACAUAAACCUGCUCAAAUCGAUGACCGAUGUUAUGGAGCAAAGUAAAAUGACAAAGAAACGUACUUCCUCUGAAGGAGAUUUAAGAGAAGUCAUCGUUGACACUGGUAAUAAAAGGGAGGAAAAAGAGACUGAAAACAGCAAAGCACAGUUUAUGCCCAGUACUGUAUUUUUUUGUUUUAUUUUUGGUCAUGUAAUUUUGAUUAAAACACAUCAAAAGGUGAAAGAAGUGAAAAGUAACAAGGACUCUGGAACGGGAUGGAUUGCCAAUUGUGUGUUUCCAGGCACUUACACUGAAAUGAAAGAGCAAGAGGCUAAUUUUUGGAGAAUAUUUGUUAAUGAGUAUUUAGAACCCAUCAAAGAAGACAAAGAUAAGGAAAAGAAAGUGGAAGAAGAAUUAAGAGAACUGAGGAAUAAUGUAUGUGGAGGAAUGGCCCUGAUUAACCUCCUCUGGAUAUCAGUGAACUUCCUGUUCCAAUUGCGCAGACCAACAGUCGUCACAUUUGUGAAACUGGAAAAUGGGGAAGAAAUAAAAACUGAUAUUCUUGGCUUAUUGUUCAUAAUUUUCUUCACCUUGAUUCUGCUUAUUCAGUUUUGUGGUAUGAUUAUGCACAGAUGGGGGACAUUUUUACACCUCGUAGCUAUUACCGAGAUUCCCAACCCUUUUAAAAGUAAAGGAGGAAACACUGUUAAAGAAGUCAGACGAUUUUGUAAAGUUACACAAGCUGAUCAAUUCGUAGAAAUUACGUCAGAGGAAGAAAUGAUGAAAGAACAAAAAUAUAUAAAACAACAAAUUUUCAGUCUUCAGGAAACAGGUAGAAAAGAUAAUGUUGGACAUUAUGAAGAAGAAUCGCCAACAGAUCUCGCUUCGAUAUUGCGAUACACUCAAACGAGGGAAAGGGAUCUUAAUUCAAUGGAGGCAACUAGAUAUAACAAAAAUACAAGUAAGACUGAAGAAGCAAAACGAGUCAGAUUUGCAGGAACAGCAGAAGCUAAGCGAAACAUCCGUGAAACUAUAAUGCGAAAUAGAGGAAUGGAGACCGAUAACGUUGAUACACAGCAAGGAGAAAAUUUUUCGUAUAGUGGAGGACUUAUGCAGCGAAGAUUGUGUAGGUCGAAAAGGGACGCAAAGCAUUUCUAA